GCAAAGAUGAGGAGAGGGCAGUGGAACGGCUGCCGGCAAGAGCCAGGGCUCCCCGUACUGUGUUCACUCUCGGUGGGCGGAGGGGAGGCGAGGAGGAGCGGCGCUAACCGCGGUCGCUGGGCGACUGGCCCGGCAGUGGAGGUCAGGGCUCCAGGGGCAGGAGCGGGCCUGACCCGACCCUCCCGUCGCGGUUCAGCGGGGGCCGGUCUCUGCUCGGAGAGGGCGGUGGUAACGUGUGUGUGGUGGCGGGGACGGGCGGCAGAGGCACGCCGCCUGGGGCUGAUUGGCCGCCCAGUUUAUAAGAGGUGCCCAGCCGGGGCAGAAGGGUUGUUUGCCGAGGCCGGGGAGCUCCGCGCAGCCGCUGGCCGCCUGUGGAGCCGUCUGAGCGGUGCGGAGCUGCCCGCGGCGCGAUGCGGCGCGCCAGCCGAGACUACACCAAGUACUUGCGCGGCUCCGAGGAGCUGGGCAGCGGCGCCGCCCACGAGAGCGCCCCGCCGCCGCCGCCAGCGCCGCCGCUGCCGGCCCAUCCGCACCCGCCGCCCGCCUCCCGCUCCCUCCUCGUCGCCCUCGUUCUGCUGGGAUUGGGGCAGGUGGUCUGCAGCGUUGCCCUCUUCCUCUACUUCCGAGCUCAGAUGGACCCUACUAGAAUUUCAAAAGAACAUGCACACUGUGUCAGAACACUUUUUGGGCAUCAGGAAAAUACAGAUUUGCAUGAUACAUCCUUUGAAAGUCAAGAAGUGAAGUUAAUGCCAGAAUCAUGUAGAAGCAUGAAACAAGCUCUCCAAAGAGCGGUGCAGAAGGAAGUCCAGCGUGUCAUGGGAAGAGCACCACCAAGACCAGAAAAAGCUGCAAUGGAGGCAUUAGGAAUGGAUCUAUACAAGAGAAGCAAACCUGAGAAGCAGCCAUUUGCCCAUCUCAUUAUUGAUGAUAAGAAUAUUCCAUCUGGAACUCGCAAAGUGAACCUCACAUCCUGGCACCACGACAAAGGCCAGGCAAACUUAUCGAAUAUGACCUUCAAUGAUGGAAAGUUGAUGGUUAACCAAGAUGGGUUUUACUACCUUUAUGCCAACAUUUGUUUCAGGCACCAUGAGACUUCAGGAAACCUGACUAAAAGAGGGCUUCAGCUGAUGGUGUAUGUGAUGAAGACAAGCCUUAAAAUAAGGCGCUCUGAUGUGUUGAUGAAGGGAGGAAGCACCAAGUACUGGUCAGGGAAUUCAGAGUUUCAUUUUUAUUCUGUAAAUGUAGGAGGGUUUUUUAAGUUAAAAGCUGGUGAAAUGAUAAGUAUCCAGGUAUCAAACCCAUUGCUACUGGAUUCUUCACAAGAAGCAACUUAUUUUGGGGCUUUUAAAGUUAGAGAUUUAGACUGAAUCUUUCUUUAGGGUUCUAAAAAAUUGGUUGAGUUUUUUUAGUGGUCCAGAAACAACUUGAAGGCAGAACUGGAAGUCUUGCAACCCAAUAGCAUCUGUGUAAGCCAUGUACUUUUGUGGGAAUCCCACAAAUGCACAGAAGAGAAAAAUGACAUCAUUCUUCUGAUUCCUUCCUGUUUUACUUCAUAUGUCUCCACUGGCUUCAGUAGAGUCAUUAAGACUUUACAUUGGCGUAGUUGAAAUCAGAACAUUCAAUAUGAUGAAACUUCUGCUUCCAAGGUCUGCCCUGGCUUUUUAACCUGUGCUAUGCUUACUAGCUUUGGCAUAAACAUAAAGCAGGACAGAACUUGGCUCCCAACUUGCAUUUAGGGCUCAAUUUUGCUUGGAGUUGAGCAUUCUCACCCUGAGACAGCAAAGAUUAUGAACGUUUAACUAAUCGCAUUGCAUUUGAUGUGGCUUUUCACAUGCUGACUUAAGACUGUUCUUGCUUGGCUGGAUUAGGGUUGUGAGAGCUGAGGCCUUGGCAGAAAUGAGUUUUGCAGAACACCUAAACCAUUUGAGUUGAGUUUUUACCUGAUUGAAAGGGUUAUUGCAGCAAGAAGGAUGAUCACCAGGCCUUGCAGUUCUAAAAGGUUAAUCACAGGCCAUGUUUUAUUCUCGUUGCACAGUUAAUUGCAAAUACAGUGUGCCUUAAAGUAUUACAUUGUGCCAGAACCUGCAAAGACAUUUUUUUAGACAAAAGUAUGUAUUUUUAUAUUCUGUAGUAUCUAAAGUUACAUUUCAGGUGUCAUCUUUUGUGGAAAAAGAAAAAAAGAGGGAAAAAAAAAAAAGAGAGAGAAGUAAAUUAUAUUGUCCUAUAGUAUUUGAUAACAAAAUAUUUAAGGUCUCUUACUGUUUGUAUAUUUAAUGUUUUAAACUGUUUUUUUUUUUAAUGUACAGAACUGGUGCACUUUUUAAUCCCAAUGGGAAAAAUUGCAGCUAAAAAGAGAUUGUUUGCAAUUAGCAAAUGUAAUAUAUAUAUAUCUUUGUUCUUUUUAACUUAAUAGAUUUCUGUUAACAUUGUCAGUGUUAUUGGGAGGGAGGGGAAAUCACAUCGAUGGCAUGAAGAAGUACACCAGAAUGCUGGUCACUGGGUGCCUUUCAUAUCUAGAGGGUAAUUGACAUUACAAAGCUAACAUUACUCAAAGGGGGAAAAAAACCAACCAGACAAAAUUCAUGCAUAGUAAGCCACGGGGAUGGGGCUGUUUUAGUUAUAGGGGUAUUUAUAGUUACUGAACAGGCAUAUUUUCUUACAACAAAACCUGCAAGGUGCAAAUUCUGCAAUUGGCUAACAUGUUUUUUAGCUUAGUUUCCUGAAAAAGUGAAGCUUGUGUCCUUGCACUGCCUGUCCUUGUCUCCCCUUCUAGCUUUUAGUGCUCUGCACGCUCCUGCCAGAUCUGGCAGAUGAAUGGCAGUGUUAAGAGAUGUUCUUCGAGGUUUUAUGGGAACUGACAGCUGAGAACAGCUCAGCUGUUACACAUUAUUUGUCAGUGGCUGGCCACUGCUCCUGUUAGCCAACACAUGAAUAUGGGGGGACUCCUAGCUAGCUGCAACGUGUGUUGUUGCUCGUAUAGUUGCUUGGACAAAAGAGGUAGGUGGAUGGAAUCUGAGGGUGGGUACGGAGGACAUAGAAUAGAGCCAUAAAUACUGCAGGUGAUGUUUAGAGCACGUCUGGGUGGGGAAUAGCAACUUGAUGGGGAAGGAUUGAGGGAGGAUUUAGGAUUGUUUGCCUGUGUGCUCUAGGAUGAUGUGGGAAAAACACACUCUUUCUUAUGGCAGGAAUCACAAAAGGAAAGACAAAAGGGUGUAGGAAUUGAGGCUUCAAUACCUCAGGCCUUUCUUUUUAAUUUUAUUUUCUUUUGCAACGAACUGAGUUGAAUUCAAGCAACUAUUUUAUACUGUAUAAUAAACAUUUCUUUUUAAUGUUAA